AUGACUGUUGCGCCCAACAAGGCUAUGGCAGUUGCCGAAAAGCCCUUGGAGAAAUCAGGAGUGACAGCCCUUUCAACCGGCGGCUAUGAGUUCCCGGGGAUCCCAAAGAUCACAGACCCAUACAAGAAACGACAGUGGCAGCUUGAGCAUAUGGCUGGCGCAUUUAGAGUAUUUGCGCAUAAAGGAUUCACAGAGGGAACCAGUGGACAUAUCAGCGUUCGAGACCCGGUAGACCCCAACACUUUCUGGAUCAACCCGCUUGGCAAGCAUUUCGGAAUGCUCAAAGCCAGCGACAUGGUUCAGAUUGACGAAAACGGUCAAGUCAUUGGCGGCAACAGGGCGGCUGUAAACGCAGCAGGCUUCAUGAUUCACAGCGCCAUUCACAAAGCUCGUCCCGACAUCCAUGCGGCUUGUCACACACACUCGCCAGCCGGGAAAGCCUGGUCGACGUUCGGCAGGCCACUUGAAAUUAUUAGCCAAGACACUUGCAACUUUUGGGGAAUCCAGGCUGUGUACAAGUCCUUCGGGGGCGUCGUCUUGGAAGCGGACGAGAGCGAAAAGAUUGCAGAGUCUCUGGGCGAAACGGGUCGUGUCAUCAUCCUCCAGAACCAUGGUCUGUUAACAACUGGAGGUACGGUCGACGAGGCAGCAUAUCUAUUCACGCUGAUGGAAAAGUCAUGUGAGGUCCAGAUCUUGGUGGAAGGCACAGGGCUACCGAAGAAUAUCAUCGGGGAAAAGGAGGCCGAGUUCACAGCCAAGGUCAAUGCUGAUCCGGAGACCUUGUACACAGAGUUCCAACCAGACUUCGAGUAUGAAAUUUGGAAGUCGCGCGGAGAGCUUUGCAAGGGAGAAUGA